AAUUAAGAAACACCGACGAGUAGAAUAUAUUGUUGGAGCAACAAAUCAUGGAGCAGUACUGGGACGACGAUCUACUCAUCGCGGCUCAAUCCGACUUAUGGAACCACCUGUUCGUCUUCCUCAAAUCCAUGUCGCUCAAGUGCGCCGUCGAGCUCGGCAUACCCGACGCCAUCCACCGCCACGGCGGCCCCACCUCCGUCCCCGACCUCGUCGCCGCGCUCAACCUCCCAGCCGCCAGACUUCCGCAGCUCCGCCGCCUCAUGCGCAUGCUCGCUUUCUCCCGCAUCUUCACGAGGCAGACGUCGGAAGCCGCCGCCGGCGGGGAGGAGGAGGAUUUGUACGGCCUCACGCCGACGUCCCGCCUGCUCGUCGACGACGCCGGAGGCCACCGCAGCCUCGCGCCGUUCGUGCGCGCGAUUCUCGACCCGGUGCAGACGGUGCCGUCCCUGCACGUAGGAGACUGGUUUAAAGCAGCCGACGGCAUCGUGACGCCGUUCGAGGCGGUGCAUGGCGAAGAUUUCUGGGGCGUGACGAGCUGCAACCCGGAGUUCAACGAGGGGAUAGCGGCGGACGGGAGGUUCAUAAUGGACGUGGUGGUCAGGAAAUGCGGGCAUGUCUUUCGCGGGCUGCGGUCGCUGGUCGACGUCGGCGGGGGGACCGGCGCUGCCGCCCGCGCCAUCGCGGAGGCGUUUCCGCACGUCAAGUGUGCGGUUCUUGAGCUGCCUCAGGUGGUCCAGGGACUGCCGGCGGAUGGGCCCGUGGAGUUUGUUGCGGGCAGCAUGUUCUAGCGCGUUCCUCCGGCGGAUGCUGUGAUGUUGAAGGUGAAAAUAAAAUUCCGCUCCUGUUUUUUUUUUUUUUUUUUUUUUACUACCACACUACUGCAAAAUUAAUACUACUUGUAAUUCGAGAAGCUGGGAACUCGAAGCUCUUUUGUUUAAAAUGCAUGGGUGAAAUUUUGGAGCC